AUGGUAUUCGCUAAGCUUUGGUGCGAUUUUUGUCAAGACCAAAGCGGCUUCGAGCCUAUUUCAAGAUAUGGAGAUCUCACGCUCUGUUUCGUCGAUGGCGUUUUGCUCAACGGUGCCGCUUUGCUGAUGAUCUUAUUCGGAUCGAAAGAGCUGCUGCGUUUGUGUCGCGAACCCCACCCAGGCGUGAAAUAUAGAAAACACUGGCUACUGUUUUCAAGAAUGGCCCUCGUGUCUCUACAGCUCGUUUUCGCUACAGCCUCUUUAUUCCAAAGCAGAACAACGGUGGAUGUGCAAUUGGCCUCAGCAUCGCAAAGGCUGUUGAACCUGCUGUCUCUCAUCGUGGCCCUUCCGCUUCAUUUGAUUGAGUACAACAGGUCCAACGUGUCGAACGGGGUAGUCAUUUUUUAUUGGUUCUUCGAGGCGUUCUUUGGGCUGUGCAGGGUGGUGAAUCUACAGAUAAGGUUGACAUAUGAGGGUACGAUGCCCGUAGCAGACUCUGUCUUUAAACUUACCGUCUUUCAGUGUUUUGCAAGUUUUCUCAUUUUAGGGUUGGAAUCUUUGUUCACUAAACCCUCGCUAGGCCGAAACGAGUUCUCAAAAUACACCAAUCGCAGGAAAAACCCAUAUGACAGUGCUAACAUCUUCUCUCGCAUUUCUUUCUCCUGGAUGACCCAAAUGAUGAAAACGGGCUAUGAUAAGUUUUUGACCGAGAACGAUUUGUAUAAGCUACCGAAGAAUUUUGGUAGUGCUGAAAUUUCCGAUGUGUUUGCCAAACAUUGGGACUACGAAGUGAAACACAGAACCAAGCCUUCUCUUGCGUGGGCUCUCUGUGUCACGUUCGGUUGGAAAAUGGUCGUCGGCGCUGUAUUCAAAGCUAUUUUUGACAUUCUGGCUUUUACACAGCCCCAGCUAUUGCGCAUUCUUAUUAAGUUUGUGACUGACUACACUGAGAAGGCGGCAGCAGAGGAAAUUCCAAUAGUAAAGGGUUUUAUGAUUGCUAUUGGUAUGUUUUUGGUGAGUGUGAUCCAGACCUCUUUUCUACACCAAUAUUUUCUACGAGCGUUUGACACUGGUAUGAACAUUAAGAGUGGUUUGACAUCGGUAAUUUAUCAAAAGUCUCUGGUAUUGUCCAACGAAGCGGCUGCUACUUCAUCUACUGGUGACAUUGUCAAUUUAAUGAGUGUUGACGUGCAACGCUUACAAGAUUUGACCCAAUGGGGUCAAAUUAUAUGGUCAGGGCCCUUUCAACUGAUUUUAUGUCUGGUAUCUCUUUACAAACUCUUGGGUCCUUCGAUGUGGGUUGGAGUAUUCAUCAUGAUUAUAAUGAUUCCCGUUAAUUCAUUUAUCGUGAGGCUUCAGAAAAGGCUGCAAAAAACCCAAAUGAAAAACAAGGAUGAAAGGACCCGCCUGAUUAGCGAGAUUUUGAAUAACAUUAAGUCUCUGAAGCUUUACGCAUGGGAAGAUCCUUACAAAGAAAAACUAGAUCAUGUUAGAAACGAGAAGGAACUAAAGAAUUUGACAAAGAUGGGUUGCACCCUGGCGCUUGCUAAUUUUCAGUUCAACAUUGUUCCGUUUUUGGUUUCAAGCUCAACAUUUGCCGUCUUUGUCUUCACUCAGAAAGACAGGCCAUUGACUACUGACCUAGUGUUCCCAGCACUUACACUUUUCAAUCUGCUCUCAUUUCCGUUAGCAGUUAUCCCUAUGGCUAUAACCUCCUUUGUUGAGGCUUCUAUAUCCGUGGGUCGUUUGCAUUCCUUUUUGACGAACGAAGAACUGCAAACUGAUUCUGUUCAGCGUAAAUCGAAAGUAACUUCCAAUGGUGAUGUAGCUAUCAAUAUUGGUGCUGACGCGACAUUCUUGUGGCAAAGAAAGCCCGAAUACAAGGUUGCAUUGAAGAAUAUUAACUUCAAAGCAAAGAAGGGUGAGCUAACUUGCGUUGUGGGUAAAGUUGGUAGUGGUAAGAGUGCUUUAAUACAGGCUUUAUUGGGAGACCUAUUCCGAGUCAAAGGGUUCGCCACCGUUCACGGAAGUGUGGCGUAUGUUUCUCAAGUUCCCUGGAUUAUGAACGGUACUGUCAAAGACAAUAUUCUUUUUGGACAUAAGUAUGAUGCCAAGUUCUACGACAAGACAAUAAAAGCUUGUGCAUUGAGUGUGGAUCUAUCCAUUCUUCCCGAAGGUGAUCAGACAAUGGUUGGUGAAAAGGGCAUUUCUUUGUCGGGUGGUCAAAAGGCCCGUCUUUCACUCGCCAGGGCGGUUUAUGCUAGAGCAGACACUUAUUUAUUGGAUGAUCCAUUGGCAGCUGUUGAUGAACAUGUCGCUAAACAUCUGAUUGAGCACGUUUUGGGUUCAACUGGUUUACUAAGUACCAAGGUUAAGGUGUUAGCUACAAACAAGAUUUCUGUUCUCUCGAUCGCUGACAGUAUCACACUUUUGGAGAACGGUGAAAUUACUCAGCAGGGCUCUUACCAUGAUGUAACCAGUGACAACUCAUCUGCCUUGUCUAAAAUUAUUGCCAGUUACGGCAAAAAAAGUUUGAAAGGUAAGAAGGAGGGUUCAACGGAUUCCCCUACUUCCGAAAGCAGUACUGUAGCCGAGGAUAACAUCGAUCUCCGUAAACUGGAAGAGGACAAGUCAAUUGAAUCUGAUGGGCGGAGCUUGCGUAGAGCAAGCAAUGCAACUUUGAGAAGUUUGGGUUUUGGUGAUGACGAACGGCCCUCGCUGAAAGAGCACAGGGAACAAGGAAAGGUCAAGUGGGAAAUUUAUCUUGAAUAUGCGAAGGCUUGUAAUCCUAGACAUGUCAUGGUCUUUAUGGUGUUUGUUGUCCUAUCUAUGUUCUUGUCUGUUAUUGGCAAUGUUUGGUUAAAACACUGGUCUGAGGUUAAUACCAAAUUUGGUGCAAACCCUCAUGUUAGCAAGUAUCUCGGUAUCUACCUUGCUCUUGGUAUAGGGUCCGCUCUCUCCACCUUGGUGCAAACCGUUAUCUUAUGGGUCUACUGUACAAUUCAUGGUUCACGUUAUCUCCACGAUGCGAUGGCUUCAGCGGUUUUCAGGGCACCUAUGUCCUUUUUUGAAACGACACCAAUGGGUAGAAUUUUGAACAGGUUUUCUAAUGACAUUUACAAGGUCGAUGAAUUGUUGGGUAGAACUUUUUCACAGUUUUUUGUGAAUGCCAUCAAGGUCUCCUUCACUGUUAUUGUUAUCUGUUAUUCGACAUGGCAGUUCAUUUUUAUUGUGGGUCCAUUGAGCACCUUAUACAUCUAUUAUCAACAGUAUUAUUUGAAAACAUCUAGAGAACUCCGUCGUUUAGACUCGGUCACCAGGUCUCCAAUUUAUGCACAUUUCCAAGAAACUUUGGGCGGUAUCAGUACUGUUAGAGGAUAUGGCCAGCAGAAAAGAUUUGUUCAUAUAAAUCAGGCCCGAGUGGAUAAUAAUAUGAGCGCAUAUUAUCCUUCUGUGAACGCGAAUAGAUGGUUGGCUUUUAGAUUAGAGUUCAUUGGAUCUGUCAUAAUUCUUGGUGCCGCGGUUCUCAGUAUUUUCCGCCUCAGGCAAGGCACCUUGACCGCAGGAAUGAUUGGUCUCUCUUUAAGCUAUGCUUUGCAGAUCACCCAGUCACUAAAUUGGAUUGUGCGAAUGACCGUUGAAGUGGAAACCAACAUCGUCUCAGUAGAACGGAUCAAGGAAUAUGCCAGCCUAACACCAGAAGCACCAGCUGUCAUUGAAGAUAGCAGACCAGCUGAAGAAUGGCCUACUGAAGGCGGAAUUAAAUUUGAAGGUUAUUCGGCACGAUACAGACCUGGGCUAAAUCUUGUGUUGAAAGAUAUCAGUCUGGACAUCAAACCCCAAGAAAAGGUGGGUAUUGUGGGGCGUACCGGUGCUGGUAAGUCCUCCUUAACCUUAGCACUUUUCAGGAUUAUUGAAGCCGCAAGUGGGCACAUAUCCAUAGACGGCUUGCCUAUCGAUCAAAUUGGUUUGAAGGACUUGAGACAGCAUCUUUCUAUCAUCCCUCAAGACUCUCAGGUAUUUGAAGGCACUGUAAGGGAUAACAUCGAUCCCACCCGCCAGUUCACAGAUGAGCAGAUAUGGCGCGCCCUAGAGUUGUCGCAUUUGAAGGAACACAUCAAGAGUUUAGGCAAGGAGGAACUCGAAUCAGCUCUCACAGAAGGCGGUGGUAAUCUUUCUGUCGGGCAAAGGCAGCUGAUGUGUUUGGCAAGAGCGCUGCUCAUUCCAUCAAAGAUUUUGGUACUGGAUGAAGCCACUGCCGCGGUUGACGUUGAGACCGACCAAGUGAUACAAGAAACGAUAAGAACUGCAUUUAAGGAUCGUACAAUUCUAACCAUUGCUCAUAGAAUCAACACAAUUUUAGAUAGUGAUCGGGUUAUCGUACUUGAACAGGGUCAAAUUGCAGAGUUUGAUACUCCUGAAAAUCUGUUGAAGAACUCUGAGAGCUUGUUCUAUUCGUUAUGCCAUGAAGCCGGUGUGACAAAGGACUGA